CACGAAACAAACCCAAACAAGAAGAAAAAGAAGUUCUUCAUCCCUUCUCAGUUCAAAUCAAAACCAGCAAAGGGAAAAAGGUAAAAAAAAAGCACGCAAAGGAAAUCGUUUCCUUUGUUUCUGAUCCAAAAAGGGUGACUUUGUCAUUUCAUCUUUCUCUCUCUUGUGGUAAGGCCUAGAAAGAGUGGACGAUGGUUGACCCGGUGGUCGCUGACCUACCGAUGCACCCCACCGACGGUCAUUUCUCGGCCGACAUCGACUCUCUUCCCAUCCCACCCUUCGAUCAUCAGUUUUUCUCUUCCUCAGACAAUGCACCUUCCGACAAUUUCUUCUCAGAUCUAGGGUUAGGGUUUCCGGAUAAUUGUGAGUAUGAACUGACUUUUGACGACAUCGAAGAUCUUUACCUGCCUUCUGAUACCGACGAUUUUCUAACUACGGAUGGGUUUGAUAAAGCCCCCGGCUUGGAUACGGAUCGAGGGGUCAACCCGACUACUUCGGAAGCUGCUGUAGGUUCGAAGUCAGCGUCUACGGAUUCGGAUACCUCUACUGUUUCUGGGGGUAAGGAUUAUGAUGUUGCAGGUUAUCUCAAUUGUCAAUCGUCAGAGUCUGGUAGCUAUGAUGUUGCUGGAGCUAUGUCUGUUGCGUCUCCUGAUGAUCAUGAGUUAUCCGGUGGGCCGGCUUCAUCUCACGGCUCAGGGAAUUGCGGUUCUGCUGUUUCAGAAGGCGUGAAUUCGCCUGUGAAUUCGGAUAAUGGUUUUAGUAAUCUGAAGGUGAAGUUGGAGACUGAGAAAAAUUGCAUGUCAAAGAGGAAAAAGGAAACUGAAGAAGGGAAUGGGGAGUCGAGAACCUCCAAAUUUAGGAGGUCGUCAACGCUGGUGGAGAAUUCUCAAUCACAUUCGCAGUCUAAUUUGACUCCCGUUAAUGAAGAGGACGACAAGAAGAAGGCUAGGCUGAUUAGGAAUAGGGAAAGCGCACAGCUCUCUAGGCAGAGGAAGAAGCAUUACGUUGAGGAGCUGGAAGACAAGGUUAGGAAUAUGCAUUCUACCAUAACCGAUUUGAAUAGUAAAAUAUCUUAUAUUAUGGCAGAGAACGCCUCUUUGAGGCAGCAAUUGGGUGGUGGUGGUGGAAUGUGCCCGCCACCUCCUCCGGGGAUGUACCCGCAUCCUCCAAUGGCACCCAUGGGUUAUCCUUGGAUGCCAGGUCCGCCAUAUGUUUUGAAACCACAAGGGUCUCAGGUCCCUUUGGUUCCCAUUCCUAGAUUGAAACCCCAACACACAGUGUCAACCCCUAAGGUGAAAAAAUCAGAGAAGAAGACUGAGGGUAGAGCUAAGAAGGUGGCUAGCAUUAGUUUUUUGGGUUUGUUGUUUUUCAUCUUGCUAUUUGGUGGAUUAGUUCCUGUGGUGGAUGUUAGCUUCGGUGGUUUAAGGGACAAAGCUCCUGUUGGGCCCGAUUACCAGUUUUUAUCAAUUGAUUCACAUAUGAAUGGAUCUGGAGAAAAUAAAGGAGUAGGAAUAUCAGGUGCAAAAUCUGAUGGUUUUAGAGAAACGGUAGAGUUUGUGCACCAAGAAAGAGGCUCUCAGUCUAAACCAGGUUAUGGUGAAUUUGUUCGUCUGCGAAAUGAAAGUGAACCUCUUGCUGCUUCCUUGUACGUUCCAAGAAAUGAUAAGCUAGUCAAGAUUGAUGGGAACUUGAUAAUACACUCUGUCUUAGCUAGCGAAAAAACUAAGGCAUCACUUGCUCAUUCGGAAAAGAGUAAUAGGGAGACUAGUUUGGCCAUCUCUAAAGAUCUGGCUCCAUACACUGCUCCUGAAGCUGGUAACCGAGGGGGACAUGCUCCUAUAUACAGAAAUCCUACAGAACGCCACAAGGCUCUUGGUUCUGGUGCUAGUACUAAUACUAGAAAGGACCGUUUACAGUCAAAUGCAGCUGAUGGAAGACUACAACAGUGGUUCCGUGAGGGUCUUGCAGGGCCAUUGUUGAGUUCAGGGAUGUGUACAGAAGUCUUUCAGUUUGAUGUGUCACCUGCUUCUGCAUCAGGAGCUAUAGUUCCUGCAUCCUCAGUUUCCAAUGUAUCAACGAAACAUCAUCAGAAUUCUAGGCAGAAUACAACACGCCUCAAGGGCGGCAACAGAAGGAUCCUACACAGGGUUGCAAUUCCCCUUGCUGGGUCCAAUUAUAACAUAACAGAAGAGCAUGUGACUAAAAAUUCUGGGAAAGAUGAGUUUCAAGGUAACAGAUCUGUUUCUUCUAUGGUUGUGUCUGUACUUGUUGAUCCGCGAGAGGGUGGCAGUGGUGAUGUUGAUGGUAUGAUGAAGCCAAAGUCUCUUUCUAGGAUCUUUGUAGUUGUGCUUAUAGACAGCGUGAAGUAUGUUACUUACUCAUGUGUUCUUCCACGAGUAGGUCCUCAUCUUGUAACUGCCUGGGCAUAAAAAGUUGAAUUGAGUGUGUGUUUCAUUCACUUCCAAACUCCCAGUUUUAUACAUAGGAGAAUAGUAUAGUUAAGCUGCUUCUGUUAUAGUAUUUAUACUAUUAAGUAUUAACCUUAUUAACCUUACCCAUGGCCUCCAAUUCGAAAAUGGCUGAGCUGGUCAACAACUUUUUGUUUGGAUAUUUUAUUUAUAUAUUUUUAAUGAAUAUAUUUAUAAGGUUAA